AUGAAAUCUCACAAUAACAUCGUGCACCUAAGGCCUGUGUAUACGCCCAUUGUACACCGAGAACCAGCCACUCCUCGGCUGGUCCAGAGGUGGACUGUGGAGUGUGAAGACAGGCUGAGGGACUGUUUUAACUGCACUUUGUGGGACGAACUGUGCGACCACGGGGACGACAUCAAUGCCAUCACGGAAUGCAUAACUGAUUACAUCAACUUCUGUUGUGAAAUCGCUGUGCCUUCCAAGAUGGUACGAUGCUUCUCCAACAAUAAGCCGUGGAUGAACAUUGAGAUUAAGGCCCUGCUGAAGGAGAAGAAGAGGGCCUUUCUAUCAAAGGACAAACAGGCACUGAAGGAGGUACAACGGAGACUGAGGCUGAGCAUCAGGACUGCAAAGGCCCGCUACAAGAACAGGAUGGAGGAACAGCUGAGCCAACAGAAUGUGGCAGGGGUUUGGAGGAGCCUGAAGACCAUCUCUGGCUUCAAAACACCCCCUGUCCAGCCUGUGGGGGACCCCCACGCCUUCAACACCAUCCAGCUGAGGCUUCUCAGGGACAAGCUGGAGACAGCUGGAGUGGACUACGACCUGUCCCAGUGGAUCCUGGACUACCUCACAGACAGACCCCAGUUUGUGAGAACCAAGGACUUUGUGUCUGAGGUCCUGACCUGCAGUGUGGGGGCCCUCCAGGGGACAGUCCUCGCACCGUUCCUCUUCACCCUCUACACUGCGGACUUCAGACGCAACACGGACGGUUGUGUUCUACAGAAGUUCUCUGACGACUCUGCCAUCAUCAGACUCAGCUACGAGGACGAUGACGCAGAGUACAGAGGAGGUAUACAGGACUUUGUGGACUGGUGUCAGCGGAACCACCUCCUCAUCAACGCGAGGAAGACCAAGGAGAUGAACCACCUCCUCAUCAACGUGAGGAAGACCAAGGAGAUGAACCACCUCCUCAUCAACGCGAGGAAGACCAAGGAGAUGAACCACCUCCUCAUCAACGUGAUGAAGACCAAGGAGAUGAACUACCUCCUCAUCAACGCGAGGAAGACCAAGGAGAUGAACCACCUCCUCAUCAACGUGAGGAAGACCAAGGAGAUGAACCACCUCCUCAUCAACGCGAGGAAGACCAAGGAGAUGAACCACCUCCUCAUCAACGUGAGGAAGACCAAGGAGAUGAACCACCUCCUCAUCAACGUGAUGAAGACCAAGGAGAUGAACCACCUCCUCAUCAACGUGAGGAAGACCAAGGAGAUGAACCACCUCCUCAUCAACGUGAGGAAGACCAAGGAGAUGAACCACCUCCUCAUCAACAACGCCGCCGCUGCAGGGCGUCGCUGCCGACACGAUCCAAUCCUGCAGCCUCCACAACUUCGCUGUUUGUUCGAUCAAAGCUCAGCGGAUAAUUUGUCGUCUCUCAGCGCCCGAUAG